UUUUUAAUUUGUCUUGUUGAUAAGGUCCAAGUAAACCCUUUUUUUUGUAUCCUGAGAUCCAUGAUUGUGCUUCAUUAACUCUCCAAAACUUAAAAUCCCAACAAGAGAUGAAGAACCAAUAUUCUUAUCAAGCUCCCCGGCCAAAGAACAAUCUUCGGGUAUGGCUUCGGUGGGCACCUCUUCUCCAGAAACAGCCCUCUGCGAUCACCGGAAAGCAUAAGGAGGUUUUUGAAUAUGGAGGUUUGAAGGAGUCAUUGAUUAAUGGAGCUGAACUGUCUGACGGCAGCAGGUCAGGUUCACAGACCUCCAUGCAAGUUCCUAAAGGGUUCUUGGCAGUUUACGUAGGGCCACAACUGAGGAGGUUUGUGAUUCCUACAAGCUACUUGUCAAUGCCAGAUUUUAGAGGUUUAAUGGAUAUGGUGGCCGAGGAGUUUGGAUUUGAUCAAGAGGGUGGCCUUAGAAUUCCUUGUGAGGAAGAAGAUUUUGAGAAAAUAUUAUAUAGAUGUUGUGCAAACAGAAAGAAGAACAAUAAGAAGCUACCAUAUGAUCACAAACAUAAAGUUCUUGGGUGGUAGAUACAUUAAUUGUUUUUGCUUAUGUCAACGUCUUGUUCAAUUGGGAUCGAUGUAGCCUGGGAUGAAUAUUUUGGAGUCAUGUGAAUAUUUCUUGUCUUUGCUCAAUCAUCAUCAGAGGGGCAUUAAUUUGUUUACAUAUUAUUGUAAUUAUAAAUUUCAUUCCAAAUAAUUAAA